GGGGUCGGGGCGGGGGGCCCCCCGAUCCUCGAUGGUGAAGAUGGCUGCUGGAGGCCGGAGGACACUUGGUCCGCUGCUGCCGCUCCUCCUCCUCCUGGUGGUCCUCCUGCUCCGCGCCCGCCCCGCAGCCCCGGAGCCUUUCCCUUCGGCCGUCACCAUAAAGUCCUGGGUGGAUAAGAUGCAGGAUGACCUCGUUACACUGGCAAGAACAGCAAGUGGGGUGAACCAGCUUGCUGAGAUCUAUACGAAGUACAAAGACCUGUACACCGUAGAGCCAAAUAACGCCCGGCAACUGGUGGAAAUUGCAGCCAGAGACAUAGAAAAACUCCUGAGCAACAGAUCAAAAGCCCUGGUGCGACUUGCUGGAGAAGCAGAGAAGUUUCAAGCAGCACAUCAGUGGAGGGAUGAUUUUGGGACGAACGAAGUGGUCUACUAUAAUGCAAAGGACAACCUUAAUGACCCUGAAAAGAAUGAGAGUGAGCCAGGCAGCCAGAGGAUCAAGCCCGUGUUCGUUGAGGAUGCUGUCUUCCGAAGACAAACAUCAUAUCAACAUGCUGCAGUCCAUAUCCCCACUGACAUAUAUGAGGGCUCCACGAUAGUGUUAAAUGAACUCAACUGGACCAGUUCCCUUGAUGAAGUUUUCAAAAAGAAUCGUGAUGAAGACCCCACCUUGUUGUGGCAGGUGUUUGGCAGUGCAACAGGCCUGGCCAGGUAUUACCCAGCUUCUCCAUGGGUAGAUAAAAGCCGAUCUCCAAACAAGAUUGACCUGUACGAUGUACGCAGAAGACCAUGGUAUAUCCAAGGAGCCGCCUCUCCCAAAGAUAUGCUCAUUCUGGUGGAUGUGAGCGGAAGUGUGAGUGGCCUGACGCUGAAACUGAUUCGAACAUCCGUUUCUGAAAUGUUAGAAACCUUAUCUGAUGAUGACUUUGUGAAUGUAGCAUCAUUUAACAGUAAUGCCCAAGAUGUGAGCUGCUUUCAACAUCUCGUCCAAGCCAACGUAAGAAACAAGAAAGUGCUGAAAGAUGCAGUCAAUAACAUCACGGCUAAAGGAAUCACUGAUUACAAAAAGGGCUUUAGUUUUGCUUUUGAACAGCUGCUAAAUUACAAUGUUUCCAGAGCCAACUGUAAUAAGAUCAUCAUGUUGUUUACGGAUGGCGGAGAAGAAAGAGCUCAGGAGAUAUUUAAGAAAUAUAACCAAGACAAAAAAGUACGUGUAUUCACAUUUUCAGUUGGUCAGCAUAACUAUGACAGAGGACCUAUCCAAUGGAUGGCUUGCAAAAAUAAAGGCUAUUAUUAUGAAAUUCCUUCUAUUGGAGCUAUAAGAAUCAACACCCAGGAAUACUUAGAUGUUUUGGGAAGACCAAUGGUUUUAGCUGGAGACAAGGCCAAGCAAGUCCAGUGGACCAAUGUGUACCUGGAUGCACUGGAACUGGGUCUUGUCAUUACUGGAACUCUUCCUGUCUUCAACAAAACAGGCCAAGAUGCAAAUAAGGCGAACUUAAAGAACCAACUAAUUCUUGGAGUGAUGGGAGUUGAUGUGUCUUUGGAAGAUAUCAAAAGGUUGACACCACGCUUUACACUGUGCCCAAAUGGCUAUUAUUUUGCCAUUGACCCAAACGGUUAUGUGUUACUUCAUCCAAAUCUUCAGCCAAAGAACCCUAAAUCCCAGGAGCCAGUCACAUUGGAUUUUCUAGAUGCUGAGCUGGAGAAUGACAUCAAAGUGGAGAUUCGAAAUAAAAUGAUCGAUGGAGAAAGUGGGGAAAGAACAUUUAGGACGCUGGUUAAAUCUCAAGAUGAGCGGUAUAUUGACAAAGGGAGCAGGACAUACACAUGGACCCCUGUCAAUGGCACAGAUUACAGUUUGGCCUUGGUAUUACCAACCUACAGUUUUUACUAUAUAAAAGCCAAACUUGAAGAGACCAUAACUCAGGCUAAAUCCAAAAAGGGAAAAAUGAAGGAUUCGGAGACACUGAAGCUAGACCACUUUGGCGAAACUGGCUAUACUCUACUAGCACCAAGAGAAUACUGUAAUGAUCUAAAAUUAUCAGAUAACAACACUGAAUUUCUUUUAAACUUCAAUGAGUUUAUUGAUCGAAAAACACCAAAUAAUCCAUCAUGUAAUGUUGACAUGGUCAAUAGAGUAUUAUUGGAUGCAGGGUUUACAAAUGAACUUGUCCAGAAUUACUGGAGCAAGCAAAACCCAGACGGAGUGUUAGCGCGUUUUGUUGUAACUGAUGGAGGAAUUACCAGAGUGUUCCCCAAAGAGGCUGGAGCCGAAUGGUUUGAAAAUCCUGAAACAUACGAAGAUAGCUUCUAUAAGAGGAGCUUGGACAAUGACAACUAUAUUUUCACUGCUCCUUAUAUUAAUAAAUCUGGAUCCAGCAGCUACGAGUCUGGUAUUAUGGUAAGCAGAGCUGUAGAAAUAUCUAUUAAUGGAAAACUUCUUAAGCCUGCAGUCGUUGGAAUUAAAAUUGACUUCAAAAAAUGGGCAGAAAAUUUCACCAGAGAUGCAACCAGAAACCCAUGCACAGGCCAAAUUUGUGACUGUAAGCAAAACAGUGAGGUAAUGGACUGUGUUAUUCUUGAUGAUGGCGGUUUUCUUUUGAUGUCAAACCAUGAUGACUUAAACAAAGAGAGUGGAAGAUUCUAUGGCGAGAUUGACCCGAGCCUCAUGCGCUACCUGGUGAAUAUGUCUGUGUACGCCUUCAACAAGUCCUACGACUACCAAUCCGUGUGUGACCCUGGCAGUGCCCCGAAGCAAGGAGGAGGACUCCGCUCAGUAUAUGUGCCAUCGAUAGCGGAUAUCCUACACAUAGGAUGGUGGGCCACGACUGCUGCAUGGUCUAUCCUGCAGCAGUUGAUUUUGAGUUUGACUUUCCCACGGCUGCUUGAGGCAGUGGAAAUGGAUGACGAUGAUUUCACUGCUGCCCUAUCUAAGCAAAGCUGCAUAACUGAGCAAACUCAGUAUUUCUUUGACAAUGAUAGUAAAUCCUUUAGCGGCGUAUUAGACUGUGGGAACUGUUCCAGAAUCUUUCACGUAGAGAAGCUUAUGAACACCAACCUAAUAUUCAUCAUCGUCGAAAGCAAAGGGACUUGUCCUUGUGAUACUCGACUGCUAAUACAAGCUGAGCAACCUUCCGACGGACCUGAUCCCUGUGAUAUGGUUAAGCAACCUAGGUACAGAAAGGGGCCAGACGUCUGCUUUGAUGAAGAUGUACUGGAAAACGACUCAGACUGUGGUGGGGUCUCGGGAUUGAACCCAUCGCUGUGGUCUGUGAUAGGAAUCCAGCUGGCAUUGCUUUGGCUGGUAUCUGGAAGCAGACAUUGCCAAUUAUGACCCAGUAGAAACGAAGCCUACAUCAGUAAUCAAGACCCUGCCAAAACAUGAGCCCUCAUUGUAAUUGCGGAAAGGGUCAGCUGUUCAGACAGCAGACGGUCAGCCCACGACAACAUGGUGUAACUCUGUGCGAAGGACUCACAGGCGCCCACAGUGACUGCAUGUUGGCGUGCCUGGUCCUUACACGUGUGUGAAUGCUGCAUCAUCCAUGUCCUCAAAGCGAAGGCCUGUAUGUGCUUUAUUGAAGAAUCUAAGAUUUUUUUUUUUCGGUGGUUGCAUCAUUGAUGACUUCAUGUAAAAGGGCUCCCCUUGAAAUGCUUAUGUAUUCUAUGGGUUCUCUUGAUUCAACUUAACUUUGAAUUUAUUGCCCUCCCUAUUCUUUUACCAGGAACUUUGAUGGACAUGAAGCUCGUGUUGCCUUCAUAAUUGACUCCAUUAAAAGAUUAUCACUGCUUUCAAUAUCAGUUGUGUGAAAAAAUAUUAUAGACAAACUGUGGAUUGUCCAAACUGUUCAGACAAAAAAAAAAAAUACUGGCUAGUCUUCUACAAAAGUUUGCCAUGAAUGAAAUGCCUUAUGAAAAGUGGCUUAUUCUGGCCCAAGCAAUUCAAGAUGGCUGACCAGUUGUUUUGGUAGGUAAAACUUUGGUUUAGAAACACACAUUAUAGAUUAAAACAAACUAAAGGUGCUUGAGGGUUUGAGUUUUAACUAAACAGGUAGUCAUCGCUUUUCAAAAAGCUUUUGUAUUCAAUGCAAAGUCCCGUUGGUUUGCUGUGUAGUUACACAGUGCUACCCAACUUUUUUUCAAAAUGCUUGAACAGAAAUGCUUGUGAAAGGUAGGGUUUGUUUUUUUUUGUGAUCACUGAUCUUUGGUUACCAAGGGUAUUUGUGUGAUGCUGCUGCUAUUUUAUCUUUUUGGUUUGUUUUCUUUGUAGAGUGUAGUCCAUUGAAAAUGUAACCGAGUGAUACUUUACUGGUGUGAGAAACUGAGCAUUGCAAUGUGAUGCCAUUAAAUUAUCUUAAAUUGUAGUUACUCAACAGAACACUGGAUAUACUGUGUGGUGAAAAGAGUGGAACGGAUAGGGUGUGAUUAGAGAUGUUGGAAUAAAACAAUGGAUUUUAUAUAGAUUUGUGCUUCUGCCUGAAAAUCCAUGUACAGCUAUUUUAAGUAUAUAAAUCAGAUUUGACAUUUAUUUUUGAAAAGUAUAUGUUCUGAAUGCAGAUUCAUUCCAGGUACCCUCUUUGUUCAAUUAAAUGAUAGCACCUGUAAUUUUAGGGCUUCGGCUAUAGCUGUUUUACAUUAAAAAUGGCCAGUUCCACUGAGCACAAUUUCCAUCUGUUCACUGAUAUUUUACAGUAACCUGCACAAAUGGAAAACCUUCAGUCUCUUCAUAUGCACAAUGAUACUUUAUUAUGAAUAAUACAGAUUGUUUAUAUACAACUCUGUUGGGAAAACUGAUAGGUGCAGUGAAUUUGGAGUUCUACGUCACAGGAGGUGAUGGAAAGAGCAUUUCAUUUGCAAUGUGUUCUAGCUUUCAGGACUAAUUUCAAGAGAGAAACCAAGGAAUGCAGCUCUGUUGUUCCCAUACAGAUCUGCAAAGAGCUGCACUCUACAAAUGUUUAUGUUGUAGGAGAACUCUAGCUUUUUUCAAAAGCUUGCAAGAUAUUGGUUUAAAAUGGAAAAUGACUCCAAUGCUAUUUUUGUCCUGUCAGAAAGCUUAAUGAAAUAUGUGAUCUACAUUAAUGAUCUGGAAAUCUACAUAUAUAUAUUCAUAUCCAAGUUGUAGCAUAACUUCAAAGAUGAAUUUUCUUUGCUUCUAGCCAUUUGGCCCUUCUGUCCCCUACUCUCCACAUACACCCUUGGUUCCAACUGUAUAGAUCAAGAUCCUAACCUUGUAUAAUUGCUUUGAUAAUUUGAUGUUGGGGAUGUCAAGGUUGAUGGCUAAAAACUGCAUUCUUCAUCUAUUCAGGUAGUAUUACUUUGCACAUGGUAAUGCUCAAUAAAUGCCAGUGAUUGGUUCAAUUAAAUAUUAUAAAUGUUCCAGUUAUUAAACUGUCUUGAAUCAUUGGAAGUUUUGAGUUGGCAAGAAAUAGCAAGACCAUUGAAGGAUAUGUUCUUUAGUUCAUUUUACUACUGGAAAACACCUCUUACAAAAGGGAGCAAAGUAAUUUGAGUUUUCUCAUUUGCAAUAGUAUCCCUAAAAUAGAGGCUUAGCUUAAUCUUAACAAUGGACUUUAUUUUUAAAUUAUGACAUUAAGUUCUUAAUAUAUGCUAUGUAGUGUCUUAAGGGCUAGGGAAGAUAUAAAAAUAAAAUGAAUCAGACACUGCCCUUCUCAGUCCAAGAGGGAGGAAAAUCAGGUUGCCGUAUCCCGAUUUUACAGAUGAGGAAAUGGAGGCCCAAAAGGGUUGUGACUUUUCUAAAGUCACACAGCAGUCCAGUGACAGAGCUGGGAUUAGAGCCAAGUCCUCUGGCUUCCAGAUCUCUGUUCUUUCACUAUACCCACCUUAUGAAAAAAUGAUCCAUCAGCAGAGAUUCUUAUCCUAUGUUUUUGGCAUAAAAUUCCAUUUAGUUUAUGAGUCUUAACCCUAAAUGGUUUAUGUUUUUCAAGAGUUAAUCUAAUUUUGUGUAGAAAGAAACUGUAGAAUUGCAUGAACCAAUAUAUAAGCCACACACGGGGACAAUGUGAUAAGAAACUGUAGUCGACACAGUUUUUUCUGUUUGAUUUUUGAAGCCAAAGUCUCAUUUAGCAGUUAUAGCAAUUUUCUUAAAAAAAUGCAUCAUCAUUUCAAACUAUAUUUAAUAUUUAUAAUCGACCAAUUCUACAUUAAUGUUAUUUUCCAAAAUACUAGAUUUGUUCAUAAUUCCAAAGCCUUACCAGUGUCAUCAAAUGUAGAAACACUGCUAUGCUGUUUGGACUGUUUUGGCUUUACCCUAUUGUCACACAGCUAAAUCCUAAGCAAAAAAAUUAAAAAACAGAAAUAUGGAAUAAUUCUAAGAUUGGUGUUGAGUAACUGGUCAAGAAUUUCACAUCAAUGGUUUCUUUCUAAUUUCUCCAUUUGAGCAACCAGCAUUACUGCCAAAACACCAAGGGAAGUCCACAUUUAUAGCCGGUUUUUAACAUGACAUAGCAAGUUUGAUUGAAGAGAUUUUUAGGUCAUGGACUUGUGAGAUUUUAGUAUGACCUUUUUCAUAUUUCUAAUGCUUGAGGUUUUAUUGCUUAACUUGGAAAAAAACAAACAAACAGUGUUGCUGCCAUUUGUAAAUUUUCCUAGGGUAUUCCUUUUAAUAACUUUGGAACUGGCCUUAUUGGGUUCAAAUAGGCUGUAUCCCUUUUAAGUGACCUUUGCAACCCAAGUAUUACUUGUUGUUGAUUCUUUCAUUAUGUUUUCAAUGAUAUUUAACCCUCCCUCCCCUAACACUGAAGCAUAACUUACGUCUUCGUUCUGAACUCUUGAACUAUCCCAUUGCCCCUGCGGUUAUGAUGCUAGCCUAGCUAGAGCUUUUGAAUUGCCAGAAAGGUGGAACACCCUAGAAAUGUGUUUGAAAUGAAAUCCAAAUGGGUGGCAGAAGCUCAAGUUCACGCCAACCUUGAUCUAACACUCAGCUCCAUAGCUAUGGCCAAGUCUUUGUUUGCCCGUGACAGAAUGUUAAUAUUGUUAAUAAAUUCAGUGUAAACUACUGUAUAAAGAUGACAAAAGAGUGUCUAAAAACAAAUUACAAAGCUUCAUGAAGUUGGCCCACCCACACCGACUACUUCAAUAAUGACCAUCACCAAGUGAUUUCCCUGAGACGGCAGUUCGGUCCUGCUAAGAUGCCAACUGAAUUUACAAUGGCACUUGACAAAGUUGUCCUCGCUGUUGUGUAGUGUGAAAUGUCUGGAUCAUACUUUCGGGGAUAUUUUUAUUGAAAUGCUCAGUGUGUGUCCAUGCAAAGGGGCCUAGCUGCCCCCUCUGGGUAGUGGGUCUUUUCUCCCCUUUUUCUUGUGUUCUCUUGACACUUUUGUGGAACUUGACAAGCCUGAAAAAAAAAAACAUUUUGUAAAAAUUUGUACAAUACUAUUAUAAAAAAAAGUUUAUAAUCCUAGAAAAUGUUGUGUCAAUUCUUGUGCAAAAACAGUAUAUUCAGAAUAAAAGUUUAUCAUUUAAAAUCAA